UACACAGUUCCUUGGCCUGGCUAUAGAAGUAACCAAAUAAUAAAGUUAAGGUGUGGUGGCAUGGAGUAGAAUCCAACUCUUAUAGUGAACCGAUCCCCGGUUUGGUGAGCGGCUCGCGUCAUCUACUUUGACUAAUUAACAAGAGAUGGACAGACCUAGCCGGUUCUGGCCUUCACCUUUUCGAGUUGGCCAAAAGCAGAGAAGAGAAGAAGCACAAGAAUUGGUAACAAGCUGACGCCUCCACCUUCAACUGACCCACAAAAGCGGCGGCCAGCGGCCAGCGCCGGCAGGACGAUGAAGGAGGCUCUGCCGUUGGCGGUGCUGCUGCUGUGGCUAGGCGCGACGCUGCCGCCUAGCUCCGGAUCGGCUGUGCUCAUCUCGGACAUGACCAUGACUGUGAUGGUGGAGCUCUCGUCCCGGCAUCCCUUCUGCAAGAUGCACAGAGAUCGCGGCGACAUUCAACGGAUGCUGCUGCAGUCGGAUCCACGACGCAUCCGGCAGGUGCCGCGCGAGUCGGUAAUGGAGCUGGAGGAGGUGUGCCGGCAUCAGGGCUCCUAUGGUCAUGAGUUCCGCGGCGGCCUGGGCUUCAUCUAUCCGGGGACCAAAUGGUGUGGCCCCGGGACAGCGGCCACCAGCUACGACGAUCUGGGCGCCCAUACGCGGGAGGAUAGAUGCUGUCGCGAGCACGACAUGUGCCCAGAUGUCCUGAACGUGGGCGAGUGCAGGCGGGGAUUGUGCAACCGGGGUACCUUCACCCGCUCUCACUGUGACUGCGACGCGAGAUUCCGGCGCUGCCUGCAGGCGGCCAACACGGAGACGGCCAAUACUUUGGGGGCGAUCUUCUACAAUGUGGUGCAGGUGACGUGCUUCCAGGAGCGCAGUCCCUGCUCGGCGCACCAGAGGUUCGAGGAUUUCUAUUACCGCACCAAUCAGUGCCCGGCCGAGUUCCGGCAGGCGGACCUUUAUGUUCCACCGCACGGGGACAAUCUGAUAGCCAAGAUCCUGGCCCAUCCAGUGCAGCAAAGUCGUUCUCUGGCCGCCGCCGCACCGGCCCUGGCCCCGGCCAAGCUCACGGCCCGCCGCUUUGGCGUUAAGCUUGCCAGCGUCGGCCUGGCGGCAGUCAACAUUAUCCGUGAGGUGGUCCAGCGGCCGCGUCUUCUUUGGGAGAGCCUGCAUGCGCCCGUCAGCCGGGAGCUGCCACCGCGGUUCGGGGGAUCGCCGCCAGGCGGCUACUACUACGAGCGGCCAGGGCCAGGGUCGUCAUAUGGCUAUGGUAGCUACGGCUCUCGUUGGAGCUGAUGGUGGGAGCCGAGAGAGCUCAGAAGACUGUUCCCGUGUAGUAUUAGUAGUCAUAAGUAGUAGUCACUGCCAGUAGAGCCAGUCCACUUAGCCAUAUGCAUGUGUGAUUCGAUUCCUGUUCCUGUUCCUGCUCCUGUUCCUGUUCCCGUUCCCCAUUUCGAUUCCCCCUCACGCUCGGCAUAUCCAUUAGCUAGUUGACCACCUUCACUUCCUCCAAUAAACUCGCUGAGAACUAUUAUCC